ACUCUGUUUGUAAAAUAUUAUAAAACAUGCUCUUAAGGAGUUCUUCAACUCCAAUUCUGGAUUCUUGGCUACCCGAACCAGAAUUUGAGGUUCUUAAAAGAACCAAAUCGAUUUCUUUUCAUUAUCCACAAUCUUCGCUUGCUCUGCAAGAAACUAAUCUCCAGAAACAUAAAAAUGGCUCGCCUGUGAACAAGAAAGAGUGUGGUUUGCAGACGCUGGUGAUCGGUGGUGCAACCGGGAGUGGAGGCGGUGGCGGCGGCUGUUGCGGUGGCGGUGGAGGGAAGAGAUCAGAUGGUGGAGAUGGUAAUGGGGGAUCAGAGUUUUACAGGAAUGAAAAUACUGAUGCUUAUUACAAAAAGAUGAUAUCAGCAAAUCCUGGAAAUGCACUGUUACUUGGAAACUACGCUAAGUUCUUGAAGGAGGUUAGAGGAGAUUUUGCUAAGGCAGAGGAAUACUGUGGAAGAGCAAUUUUAGCAAAUCCAAGUGAUGGAAAUAUUUUAUCAGUUUAUGGAGAUUUAAUAUGGCAAAAAGAAAAGGAUGCUGAAAGAGCUGAAACUUACUUUGAUCAAGCUGUUAAAACUGCACCAGAGGACUGCUAUGUGUUAGCAUCAUAUGCUAGAUUUCUAUGGGAUGCUGAAGAAGAAGAGAAUGAAAAUGAGACUAAAUCUGCACCAAUUUUAUUUAUUUCUCCUCCUCAUCAUCCUCCUUUAGCUGCAGCUUCCUAAACUUAGUACUAGUAUGUUACCCUAUCAGAAUAAUAACUUCUAACUGUAAAUGUAACUUCUUCUUUUCUUUUUAUCCUUCUCUAAGAUAUGUUAUUAACAAUAAUAAUGCAAUUUAAAUCAUGUUUUGCCCUA